UGCCCCCCCCCCUCUCAGGGUGAGGGGAUGAUGGAGGGAGUUGCUGUGUAUCUGCAGUGUUGCAGUGACAAACGUUUCUAUACCUCUUACUUCGACUGCCUUACACACACACACACACACACACACACACACACACACACACACACACACACACACACACACACAGGAGAAAGAAUGCAUCGAUUUGUGCAGUGAAGAUUCUGUUAAACCUUCAGACUUCACAUGGAAACAUGCAGAGCAGAAGGGUUAUCACAGAGAGCCCAGUGCAAUUCUUUAAGACCCUCCACAGAGAGGAUGACAGAUAAACACCAGCAGCUCUACACAUCUACAUGAGAGCUGAUGUUCACACACACAACAUGAAGAAGAUCUACAUCGGCAAAACGGGCCUGAAGAGCUCACGGGCCGGCUGUAAGCACCAGAAGAAAAGCUCUUUGCAGGAGCAGAAGGAUGAGCUAAGGAAGCGUUUGUCCUUCACCACCCAAAAGUUGGAGUUGUUGGAGAGUGAGUUUGACUCCACGAGGCAGUACCUCGAGACAGAACUGCGCAGAGCUCAAGAGGAACUUGACAAAUUCACUGAUAAACUAAGGAGAAUACAGAGCAGUUAUUCGGCAUUACAGAGGAUUAAUCAGGACCUGGAGGACAAAAUCCACCGAACGACCCAACAUCAUGAUGAUGAGAAGCGAGCUCUCAGUCAAGAGAUCAUUGUCCUUAACACACACCUGAUGGAGGCAAAGAUCACUAUCGAGAAGCUUAAAGAGGACAAUGAUUUAUACAGCAAGGACUGCAACCUAGCAGCUCAGCUCCUGCAGUGUAAUCAGUCUCAGUACAGAGCUCAGCUCUCUGAGUUGCCGGCGGAUUUUCUGGAACGUCUGAGUCUGCACAUUGAGGAUUCCUCUCCAAUCUGUCGCUCGCCGUAUUCCGACCCCAUUCCCUCCUCUGCACUGUCUAAUGUUUUGGAGAAACCAGAGGAAGCGUCACGUUCCCCGAGUCCAACACGGCAUGAGCUCCACGAGCCUCGCGAGCACCCGGGCUUCCUGAUCGGCACCCCUGUGAGUGGAAACGAGCGGUUGGGUCUGGGAUUGAGGGGCGUGGCUAAGUGUGAUGUUUACAGCAGUGACACGGCACUGUACUGCCCAGACGAGCGACGUCGUGAGCGCAGGCCCAGUGUUGACCUGCACCGCUUUCCGCAUUUUAACACCUCUGUGGGUGGAGCCUCUAGCUCCUACUCCAGUUUCAGUGGAGGUGGGUCUGAAGAAAAAGGGGCCGAGCCUCCUUACAGCACCACCUCCUCACCUCAACACCAUGGGAUCUACAUGGAGUGGCGAGAUGGUGUUGAGUAUGAGCACAAAAGUGACGAUUCCUGGGAAAGAGAAAGUCCAAGCGCCUUCAGUGUAUCUCAUGUUUACCAAAACGGCGGCUCUCCUCUCUACAGUGGCGCAAUGUCGUGUUACAGUGAGCCAUACGAGCCCCUACCACCAUCCACCUCCCCCAGUGUCAACUAUGGUGACAGUCGGCGUGGUAGUGCACUGGUGCCAGAAGAGGAGGAGGAGCCAGAGGAGGAACAGGAGGUGCUGAUUGGCCGAUGGAGGCGGUUAAGUGUAGAGGACGUCAGUGCACACUCAUUCUGCAGUGCCGGACGUGCUUCACCAUACAGCUUUUCUGAGCAGCACUUCUCCGUCCGACCUGCCAAGAUCCGGCUUGGUCCCCUCUACAGCAGCUUCCAGGAGGGAAGUGACGCUUAUCGGCACCAUGGUGCCGCCCUGCUGGAUCAGUUCUCCAGCACUGAUCUCCGUAAUACACACUUGUACAGCACAGAGGACGAGACCCAGGAGGUGGAGCAGCAGGUGGCUGGACUCGAGCAAGAAUAUGAGGAUGAGGAGGUGGAUGUGAGUCCAAACAGCUCCAACGAGUCACUGGAAAUCGGAUCCAUGGACAUUGGUGCUGAGCUGCAGUCAUUUCAGCAGGACCGGAUCAGCACCUCUCCUCAGGAAAGAAGUUCUCCGACGACUCAGGCAGCAUCACAGUACCAGACAUUCACCAAUCUGGGCCUGACGAGGAAGGACAGUCUCACGAAAGCACAGCUCUAUGGCACUCUGCUCAACUGAGGACCCUGUGAGGACCCGGGUUCCACAAAGACUGUGGAAACGUAACAAAAUGUUUACUGUAUGAGGAGGAGCUCAGCUCCACUUUGUUCUGCUCAUCUGAGGACUUGAUUUCACUUUAUUCAGUUCGAGUCACAUGUCUGAGUGCGCUACUGAGAACCAUUAGCAUGGGUCGUUUCAGCCGAUUUCAGCCAAUCAGAACACGAUUUUGGAAUUAUGUUAUUAAAUAGGGCUAAAUUUGAUAAAAAGGUUUCUCAGUUUUAGUAAAGAUGUGAAUAAAUGUUUUUGUGAGCAAACACAAUGAAAUAUUCUCAUCAGAUUUACAGAAACUGACUGUUCAUAGGCACAUGUACAUGUUUAAACACCAAUCAGCUGUAAAUGAGCACUUUUAUCACUGCUGAUGUAACACAAAAACAAAAUGGUGACUACACUAAAUGGUGAAAGAGAUCGUGCUAAGCGUUCAACAUUCCAGUAAUGCAGCUCAGCCACUGCAGUGCAUCAACAGCACACAAUUACACGUCUUCCUACGUGGGUGUCAUUACUUUUGUUCUAAAUCAAUGUCCUAUCGUAUUUGUAUUCAUUUAUACAUUUGAGUUUCACAAAGUGUUCUUUGUAACUGCUGUGUAACUGUUUAAACCUCACAGCUUCUGAACCACUUACGAUAACUCCGCCUCCUACGAGGCAGAGUCUGGGUGUGACCGCGCUGCCUCUGGGAGUCAGACAGAAUGUGAGGUUGGGGGUAGGGUUAAAGCCCUUAGGGGUGUGAGACAGCUACAGACUCUUCUGCACAUUAAUACACCAACUUCCCUGACUCAUUUCUCCUGACUCUCCUGACAUGGGGACUCUCGGUGGUGCACUCAGACCUUUUUCUGUGCGUUCUCUCUGUGUUUCUGCUCAGUGGUGUUUUUCUACAGUGGAGAUGAAAUCAUGAUGAUGUUCUGUGGUUGAUAUGAAGCUUGGACGUUUCUACAGAUGAUUUUAAUGCUUGUGAACGCUGCAUAUUUUUAAGUACCACUUGCUGCACCGCAAGGGGGCGGAGUCAGACCUGAAUCAACUCCUCCUAACUGGGCAGAGUCAAAAUAAACGAUUGUGGCGACAAACCUCAAGCUAUAUAAGUGUGGCUCUGUGGUGCAGAUGGUCUCGGGGGUAAGAGUAGUAGGAGGAGUCAGGUCAGGUCAGACUCCACCCACUGCACUUCUGCAGGAUUAAUAUUCUAAUUUUUUUGAAAAAAACUGUUUGUUUCUUGGAUUUUGGAAAUUGUGAUUUGAUACGCAGUGUGUGAUGUGGUGUAGUGUGAGGUUUGAGUGAAAGGCUUUAUAUCACAGAAGGUUGGAGGCAACAUGCUACUCGGUCAUGCUAAUUGUGAGACUUAAAGUGAAUUACUCUUUUAUCCGUAGCUGUAUUUAUUGUUCAGUAUUUCAGUGAUGAAUGAAACUCUGAUUACAGAGAGAAUAAUUGUGUCUUUUUAAACCCUUCUCACUGCUACACAACACAAAGCCACAAACAGACAACCUACUGAUAUCUGACCUAACUUCCAAAUCACUGGCUGCAUCCCAAAAGCUGGUUUGAAAGGAAGCACCUGCUAAUUGGCUAAUUAGCAGUUAGUGUGUGAGACUAGCACUAAAUACACACACUGUAUGAACAGCAGGAACAGAGUCAGUGUUCAGGACCACGCCCCCUGCAUCUGAUUGGCUGACGUACAGGUUUAUUUUGUAGUUCUUCUGAUUGGAUUCUUCUCUGUGUCUCAGCUCCUCUACCUCACUGACGCUGUUCCCUGUAAUCAGACACACCAUCAUGCAUGAGCCUCCCUCCUGCCCCUUUACUCUGUUUACCUUUCUCUAAUAAAGCACAAUUACUAUA